CUUAGUUUUUUUCCAGAAUCUUAAAUUUCUGAAUGUAAGUCAGUGUAGAGAGUUGACGAAGUUAAUGACACCUUUAACGGCUAGGAGCUUGGUGCACUUGAGAGAAUUGAGCAUAGAGGGAUGUGAAAUGGUGAUAGAAAUAGUAGAAAAAGAGGGAGAUGCAACAACAAGUACUGAAAUUGUUUUUGAAAAUUUGAAGAAGUUGUUAUUGAGAAGGUUAGAAACUCUCAUAUGUUUUUGUUCUGGGAAUUACUCUUUUAAUUAUCCAUCUUUGGAAGAGUUAAUUAUAGGAGAAUGCCCCAAUAUGAAGACUUUCUCUCAAGGAAUCUUAAGCACACCAAAGUUACACAAAGUCAAUUAUGAGAGCUUCAAUGAGACUAACAAGGAGUGGGAGAAAAUAAAGGAAGUAAAGAAUGAGGGGAAUGAUAUCAAUAAAAGCAUACAAGGAGCAUACAAGAAGCAGGACAUUUCCCUUGAUUUGAAGUAUAAGGCAUUCAAAGAUGUCAAUUCUACUGCGAUUUGCUACAACCAACAUCCAAAUUUAUUUUAUCAAAAUUUGACACACUUGUUCUUGUGGAAUUGUGGAAACAUAAAAUAUGCAUUUCCGUCUUCUAUAGCCCAAAGCCUCCACCAACUCCAACAACUAAAGAUAGAAAAUUGUGAAGUUUUAGAGGAGAUUGUUGCAAAAGAAGAAGGAGCAAAUGCAGUUGUCAAUUUUGUCUUUCCAAAUGUGACCUUAUUGCAGCUUCAAAAUCUACCCGAACUUACAGCUUUCUAUCAUGAAAGACAUACUUCUGAAUUGCCAAAGUUGAAAGAGUUGAUAUUGAGAAAUUGUGCCAAGUUAUCUUCAAAAUAUCUGAGUUUCAAAGAAAAUAGCGAGAGUGAACUUCAUAUUUCCGAGCCAAAAUCUGUCUUCUUGGACGAUAAGAUCAACCAUGAUUUGGAGGUAUUUGAAAUAAAGAAUGGCAUGACAAAGAUUAUAUGGCAGAGUCACUCUAAAGCUCUUGAGAUCGGAUAUGAUGACUCAAUAGAUUUUCCACUUGGACUUCUUCAAAGAUUUGAAAAUUUGAAAGAGCUCAAACUAUUUUAUUGUUAUCAAUACAAAGAGCUAUUCUUUCCAAGUCUUCCAAAUCUUGAAGUUCUAGAUUUACUGAAUUGUAGCAAAUUGAUGAGUCUAGUGUCAUCUUCAGCUUCUUUCCAGAAUCUUAAAGUUAUGAGAGUUGACUAUUGCAAGGGGUUUAUGAUGAAGUUAAUAACACCUUCAACAGCUAGAAAUUUGGUGCAAUUGAGAGAAAUGAGCAUAAAGCAUUGUUACCCGUUGAUUGAAAUAGUAGAAAAUGAGGGAGAAGGAGAUACAACAAUGAGUACUGAAAUUGUUUUUGAUAAUUUGAAAAAGUUGUCACUUGUACGUUUAGAAAGUCUCACAUGCUUUUGCUCUGGGAAUUACUCUUUCAAUUUCCCAUCUUUGGAAGAGUUAAUUAUAAAAGAAUGCCCCAAUAUGAAGACUUUCUCUCAAGGAAUCUUAAGCACACCAAUGUUGCAGAAAGUCAAUUAUGUGAGUUGGAGUAACACUUUAACAUUGGAGGAAACAGAAGUAGAGAAUCGGGGGAAUGACCUUAAUACAACUAUACAACAAGCACACAAAAAAAAGGUUGACUCCAAUUUGGAGGAAUUGACAUUAAGUGGAAGGGACAUCAUGUCGAUUUGGGAAGGAGAAUUUCAAGAGAGCUUUGGCAAAGUAAAAACUCUUCGAUUGAUUAAUGAUACAUUUGCAACCAUUCCAAUUCAAAUCCUUCACAAAUUGAACAGUCUUGAAAAACUCAUAUUGAAAGUGAGUUCAUAUGAAGAGAUAUUCUCAUUUGAAGAGGAUAAGGAACACAUUGGAACACUCACAAAAUUAAAAAAAUUAGCAUUGUUUGGACUUCUAGAUUUAAAGUGCAUUUGGAAACAAGACUCUCGAUUGAACUCAAUUCUUCAAAAUCUUGAUUGUCUGAAGGUGAAAUAUUGUCACCACUUGACUACUCUAUUGCCAUCUUUAGCAUCUUUUGAAAAUCUGAGGAUUUUGAAGGUAAGCAAUUGCAAUGAGAUGCAAAACUUAAUGUCAUCCUCAACAGCCAAAAGUCUGUUGCUACUAAAAUACUUGUUAAUAGACAAUUGUGAAAUGAUGAUAAAAGUAUUAGCAAAUGAAGGAGCCAUAGAGAAAGGUGAAAUUGUUUUUGAGGAAUUGAAGGAGUUGCAGUUGCGUAAUUUAGAAAGUCUCACAUGCUUCUAUUGCUCCGGGGAUUACACUUUAAAAUUCCCAAAUUUGGAAAGAUUACAUGUGAGUGAAUGCUUCAAGAUGAAGACUUUUUCUGGAGGAGGCUUAAGCAUGCCAAGGUUAAAGAUCUUGAACACUCAAGAUUGUUCGUUUUAUGACAUUGAUGCAAUCAUAGAACAAUUACAAAAUGCAUCUUUUGAAAAUCUGAGGAUUUUGAAGAUUGUUCUGACUUUUGUGAAAGAUUCCGAAGAGAAGAUCAAGAGUUUUAGUUGGUUCAACAACAUACAGCAAAGUCUCGUGCCAUUUCAGGGUGUUGUUCCCCCAUCUCCAGGUGCUAUUGCUGGUUGA